AUGAUGAGGAUGGGCGGCCACCUUGUGGUUGCCUUGCUCCUCUUGGCAAGCGUUACUCCAGCGCAGGCAUACGUCAACUGCUUCGAUUGCUACUUCAAGUACACAUGCUCCAGCAGGCGCGCGCUGUAUUCCCUGGCCUCGUAUCACUCCAACAACCGCGAGGAUCGCCGCUGGGCGUUUGGAUGCUCAUCUGCUGGCGUUGGCACGACAAGCAGCACAUCCUCCUCGGGGGCUCUCGAUUACAACCAGUAUGAUCGGCCCGUCUCCUUCACCUGCCCAACAAACUACUAUCUCACCACCCUCGAGUCCACGCAUUCCAACAACAAGGAAGACAGGGUGUGGCGAUUCGAGUGCCGCAGGAUCGCAAACGCAUACCUCAGGGGCUGCUCCACCACGGGCUAUCUCAACAACUUUGAUCAACCCCUCAGCUUCACCGCAAGCAACGACCGCAUCAUCACUGGACUGCAUUCCUAUCACCACAAUCAUUACGAAGACCGUCGCUGGCGAGUGACAACGUGCAAGGUUGAAUGUGAUCUGAACGGCAACUACGUCACGCGUGGCGACCGCUACUGCAACACCAUCAGUGAGACCACGCUGUCCCAAGGCUCAUACGUCAACAACUUUCAUGAUCCAUUCUAUGUGUCGUGCCCUGGUAGCACUGGCAUGUACGAAGUUCACAGCUAUCACAACAACUACCGAGAGGAUCGGAGGUGGAGGUACUACUGCGGCUCAAUCGGAGGCCCCACCGCCGGCACCAAAACAGGGUGGAGCUCUGCAGACUACUCGCUGCUCAACCAUCACCACUACUUCUCCUGCCCAGACAAUGCCUACAUGCGCGGGAUGAAGACUGUCUUUGUUGCUGAUGCCAACGACCGCGUGUUCAGCUACCAGUGCCAAUACAUCACCUCCGCCACCCUCACAAACUGCUACACCCAGAACUACCGCAACACAUACGACAAUCCGCUCUCCUACAACCCCGGCUCGAAUAGAGUCCUCACAGGCAACUCGCCCACCCGGGAUCGUGCGUUCAACAUCAGAUCGUGCCAGGUCUCCUGCGCCACGAACUACGUGUCGGACGGCAGUCGCGGAUGUGUUUUCAAACCAUGCCCGGCGCUGUCGCUGUCUUAUGGCAGCCUUUCCGGCGACUGCCAAGGCUACCCAGGCGACGUGUGCUCGUACAGCAGCUGCAAUGAGGGCUAUGUCUUGUCUUCCACCGGUGUCACCCGCACGUGCCAGGAUUCUGGCUCCUGGACAAACAGCGCUGCCACGUGUCAGCGGGUCACCUGCGGUUCGCUGUCCCUCUCCCACGGCACCCUCUCCGGCAGUUGCAGCGGCGACUACGGCGAGACGUGCACUUUUUCGCGGUGUGAUGAUGGAUAUGCCCCGACGUCUGGCUCGACAUCCCGCACAUGUGGUUACAACGGCUGGUCUGGAUCCGCCAUCCGCUGCGAACCCGUGUCCUGCCCGUCCCUUUCCAUCAGCAACGGCGCCACCAGUGGCUCGUGCAACGGCGACUACGGCGACUCGUGCACGCUGCGGUGCAACGUUGGCUAUGCAUUGACACACAGCGACACGUCCAUCACUCGCACAUGCACACAGUCGCAAGUCGAUGGCAAUGCGGCUUGGACCGGCAGCGACGUGGCAUGCACACCGAUUGAUUGUGGAUCACUGAGCUUGUCCAACGGACAGCUGGCUGGCGGCUGCAGCGGCUCUUACGGCGAUGCAUGCACGUACGACUCGUGCAAUACCAACUACGAGCUCUCCGAGGAUGGUGAUGCAACGCGCGUGUGUCAGCAGGACGGCAACGACGGCGUUUGGACUGGCACUGCCAAGACCUGCGAACGCAUCAAGUGCCCAACGCUGACCGUGGCCAAUGGCGCUGUCAGCGGCGACUGUGAUGGCCUGUCAGUUGGAGACGAGUGCACCGUGUCCUCGUGCGACUCUGGGUACUGGUUCUCUGACAGCGGCAGCAGGACGGUCACGUGCACAGAAGUCAACGGCGAGCGCAUGUGGUCCGGAUCUCUCAACACAUGCGAAGCUGUGACGUGCAUGGCGCUGUCGCUGAACCAUGGCUCCGUGUCUGGCUCGUGCUCCGGCACUGUCGGCGACCAGUGCACGUACUCGGGCUGUGACGACGGCUUCCUGCUGUCGUCUGAAGGCACAACAACGCGCACAUGUACUCAGAACGAAGACACCGCAAGCUGGAGCGGCGACGCCAAGAGCUGCUUCGAACUGCUGGAAGGAGCGUCGGGGGAGACGUUCACGCUCUCUUGCGCUUCCGGCCAGGGCUUUGUUGGCGUCACCUCAGAUGCCCAAAACUCGGCUGUGGGAGACCGCCGCGACUGGGGCUUUGCCUGUGAUGAUGUUGGCAGCAACGACGCCAACCGUGUGUGGAGCAUGCACGAGGAGAUCAACUCUGCUCGCGGCAGCUUUGACUUCACCUGCCCUUAUGACUCAUACUACAUCUCUGGUGUGACGACAUCAUACCUUGACAGCCCCAACGACCGCCUGUGGGGGUUCCAGUGCUCGCUCAUCUUUGGCGCCACACUCGGCAACUGCCAGCUCAGCAGCUCUUACAGCGCCAGCACCUUCAACUUUGACUACACCGUCCCCACGGGACACGUGCUUGUCGGUGUCAAGUCGUCGUACUCCACAUCCUCUGGCGCCCGCUCCUUCCAGUUUAGGACCUGCGAGGUCCAGUGUAGGACUGGACAGGAAUACUUUUCCACUGGUGGUGCAGAGUGCCAGCGUGUUGGCUGUGGAGCGCUGACGCUGGAGAAUGGUGCUGUGUCUGGUUCCUGCGAUGGCAACAUCGGCGAUCAAUGCGACUACGAGCAGUGCAACGGCGGCUACACGCUCUCAGAGAGCGGCAGUUCCCAGCGCGAGUGCGUUGUGGUCAAUGACAAGCCACAGUGGUCGGGCCAGGCCAAGACGUGUGAACGCGUGACAACGACGACCGCCGAGCCAACAACGCUGGAUGUGUGCAGCGUGUACAAGACUGCGCCCAACCCAACAACGUGCCGCUCACAAUGCGACUACUACGACAGAGGCGAUGCAACCUUCAGCAAGUCUUACGGCGAAUGCUCCAACGUGUGCACGUGCGGGUGCCGACGUCGCUUCAAGAUCACCAAGACGGAGGAGCGGUGCAGUGCACACUGUGCAGACCAGGGUCUGGCCGCUGCGUUCCGCGACAUGCACCUUGGCUGCCGAAAGGUGUGCCUGUGUGUGGAUGCGGAUGCGCCAACGACGCCAGCUGGUGGUGCGCUGACAGAACCUGAUGCUGAUGAGAACGCGCUCGACUUCCCAUUCAGCGAGUACAACUACGAAGAGACGUUCACAGGCGCGAUCACGGGCAACAACAACCCGCGUCGCUUCUCAACUGCAUUUGAGACCAGCGCCACCAUUGUGAACAUGGAGGGCGAGUCGAUGCUGCAGUGCCUGCGGUACUGCGAUGCAGACCCGGAUUGUCUCGGCAUCUUCGCCAGCGUCGUCAACGGCAUGCUUCGGUGCCAGCUCAUGAGCGACCUUGGCUCCGGCACGGGCGUGUCCACACAGAUUGUGUCCAAGUCGCUGACCAAGGGCACCCAGCCGUCUGCUGUUGGGACGACAACGCCUUCCAUUGCCAGCGCCAUCCAGACGGUUGUUGGCAACGGCGGCACGACGUGGGACUCGUCAGCAACCCUGCUCAACACGGGUCUCAACCAACCGGACUGCGUCACCUUUGACGGCGAGCACGAGAUGCUGGUGACGAUGGUGUCCGACCACCGCGUCAUCCGCGUGGACUUGCGCACGCGCACGUCCUCCCUGGUUGCCGGCACGGGCGAGAUGGGCGCGGACGGUGUUGGCGGCGCUGCCACGAGCGCACAGCUGAACCGCCCCCGCUGCGCCAUUGCCGAUGUGGAGGGCAACGUGUACAUCACGGAGGAAGGCAACCACCGCGUGUCUGUUGUCGAUGUGGUGAGCAAGAAGCUGUCGGUGUUUGCUGGCACCGGUGAUGGCGGGCACCGCGGGAUGGGCGGUGUGGCGACGGCUGCGCAGAUCCACUCGCCACAGGCCAUGGCAUGGACAGAGGAAGGCAACCUGCUGUUCUCGGACGAGGAGAACCACGCCGUGUACAUGGUGAACCCGCACACCACCAUCAUCUCCGUUGUUGCCGGCACGCCGCGGGUGGCUGGCGAUGAGGGCGACGGGCAGCUGGCGAUUGGGGCGCGCCUCAACAUGCCUGCAGGCAUUGCCGUGUACGACCACAUGCUGUACAUUGCAGACAGCGGCAACCACCGCGUCCGCGCAGUGGAUCUGUACACGCAGGUCAUCACCACGGUGGCCGGCACCGGUGUUGCUGGGUUCAGCGGCGAUGGUGGCCUGCCCACGGACGCGCGUCUCGACACCCCGCGUGGCGUGGCCGUGCACUCGUCUGGCUCGCUUGCCAUUGCAGACAGCGGCAACCACCGCGUCCGCGAGUUCAACAUUGGGGUUGGCGCGGCCGGCAUCAUCACCACCACCGCUGGUAACGGCCAGCGCGGGUACAACGGUGACGGCAUGGUGGCCACAGACACGGCGCUCAACUUCCCGACGGGCAUCACCUUCUCCCCGCUCACCGACAACGUCCUCUUUGUCGACCGCCGCAACCGGCGCGUGCGCCAGAUCUGGGCUUGA